AUGAGAGCUGUACGAUAUUCAUCAACAUUUGAAGCAUUUAAUAAUGAACGGCGUACUAUUCGUUUAACUCUAUUAUUGAAUGGAUAUCCAUCCACGUAUAUUAAUACACAAUUUCAACACUUUUUAAAGAAAUAUCUAUCUUUAUCUUCAUCUUCAUCUAUUUUACUACUCAUUGAUAAUAAAGAACAAUUUUUUGUCUUACGUCAACAAUUACUCGCACAACCAUCAAUUCCAAAGAUAGUAGUAGCUAAAAGUGCAGCUUCAGUAGAUACUAUGAUUAAAAAUAAAACUAUGGAAGAAUACGGGCAAACAAAAAAAGAAAAAGAAAAUAAAUUCAAAAGUAAUAUAUUUAUACAUUGUACACAUGAGGCAAGACUCGAAGAUGUACAAAGACAUAUACAUGAGAUCCAUGAUAGCUUCUUCAAGAAUACAGAUUAUGGAGAUAUUAGAUUAAUUGUUGGUCAUCGAAAUAAUCCAAAUUUAGAAUUUGAACUUGCACGUAAACGUCCACAUUCCUCAUUACUCAAGAACUUACCACCAAACAAAAUACGAAAAACCAAUACACCUCCUCCAACAGCCUAA